UGAUGUUGUGAGCCGGGGUUGAAUCUGAGAGGUACUCCUGCGUCUGAUGUGAGUGCUAAGUGCUCUCUCAAGAAAAAGGACUAGUCCCAUUUGGCUGCUCAAGAAACUAUUGGAGGACCCAGAAUGUCUUACGGAUCCAUUGACGCGGGAUCUUUUGGAAGCAGAAAUCCAUUUGGUGGGCCCACAAGGCAGGGAUACCAGCCAGUAGCUACGCAAGUCAGUCCCUCAGAGCUGCAAGACGUUUUCCAGGAAACCUCCUCUAACAUCUUCCAGAUCAAUGCUAACGUGGUAACACUAGAGAAAACCCUUCAAUCGCUGGGAACAUCCAGAGACACAGCAGAGCUACGGCAGAGUUUACAUUCCACACAGCAGCAAACCAAUAAAGUCAUAACAAGCACAAGCCAACUUGUUAAACAACUCACUGACAUCAUCAGCGGGUCUUCACGGCAAGACAGGCUCCGUCUGACAAGACUCAAAACAGAGCUAUCCGAUUCUGUGCAGCGUUAUGGAGACCUGCAGAAGAAAAUUGCAGAUCGUUCGAGGGCCUUGCUUCCUCCUGCACAAAAGGACAGGAAACAGAGCCUACAGACUCCAUUCAGUGAACUGGUUGAAGAGGGGCCAUUGUUCGGAGCGGGGGAAAGCGUUGAGGGUGAUGGUCAAGCAUUCCUGUCAGAGAUCAGUGAAGAAGAUGUGGAGAUCCUGAGGCAGAGAGAAGAAGCACUGCUGCAGAUUGAGAGAGACAUGCUGGACGUCAAUCAGAUUAUGAAGGACUUGGCCAGCAUGGUGCAUGAACAAGGAGACACCAUAGACAGCGUUGAAGACUACAUUCAGACCACCUCAUCACACGUGGAAUCAGCCAAUCAGGAGCUUGCAAAAGCCAGUCAUUAUCAGAGCCAGCUGAGGAGGAGGAAAUGUUAUCUGCUAAUCGCUGGAGUGCUGCUUCUUACUUUGCUUAUCAUCAUUAUUGCAGUCUCAGCCAGAAAAUGAGAGCAAGACCACAGAGAUCUCUGUUUCAACUCUGCUGUGAUCUCUCCUCAACUUCCCAGCAAAAUAGAGUCUGUACGUAGAGGUCCACCUGUGCUCACUCCCUUUCUUCUUAUCUCUGUCUAUACUUCUGUCAGAUUAUGUGUUUUUUUGUUUUGUUUUUUUGGUGUAUGCAUGUAUGGAAAUGUGUGUGUGUGUG